GCUUUUUUUCAUCUAUGUUGUGCAGUCACACAGUGGAAAUAUGCUGCUUGCCCUUCCCUGCAGCUGUAAACUGUGUAAGCUCUGAGUGUGGGGUCCUCAUAGGUGCCGGGCUCUCAUAGGCUGUCCCAGUACCUAAGGUUAAAAUGAGAAGCUGAGCCAAGGAGGAAGAGAAGGAGCAAUACUGGGGUGUGAGGAGCCCCAGUUUGGCAGAAUCCACUGCUUCUAUCAUCCUACAGUGACUCCCUCCCCCAAAUCUCAUCUACAGGAUAAAGGUCAGCAUGGAAAGCCACACAGGUAGCGUCAUUGCUUACAUCAGCUCCUCGAGUUCCUUCUCCAGCCCUUCCUCCUGCCACAGCGAUAGCUCGAACAGCAGCUUUCAGUCUUCCUUGUCUCUGCCCUCUUCUCCCAGUGGCUCUUCAUCUGAGGGCAGUGGUGGUGGGAGCAGUGGAAAUGGCAGCGACAGAAAAACCACCCUUUCCAACGAAGACAUGGUCUGCAGACACAUAGAAUCCCAGAGAAACCAGCAAGUGGACACUUUGUGCAUAAAGACCACCUAUACAAGUGCAGCGCUUUUGACCAAAGGGCAUGGAGCAUGUCCAUCAAAAAUGAGUGGCAUGAUGCUUUUGUGCAAAGUGUGUGGAGAUGUGGCAUCUGGAUUCCACUAUGGGGUGCAUGCAUGUGAAGGCUGUAAGGGUUUCUUUCGUAGAAGUAUUCAACAAAAUAUUCAGUAUAAAAAGUGCCUCAAGAAUGAGAGCUGCUCCAUCCUCAGGAUUAACAGGAACCGCUGCCAGCAAUGCCGCUUCAAAAAGUGUUUGUCUGUUGGGAUGUCAAGAGAUGCUGUUCGUUUUGGCCGAAUCCCAAAGCGCGAAAAGCAGAGAAUGCUGAUAGAGAUGCAGACCGUCAUGAAUACUAUGAUGAGCAGCCAAUUAAAUUGCUCAUCUCUUCAUGAUACACUCCCAGCACCUUCAUCACUACAGUCACCAGCACUAGAGAAGAUGGAAUCCAAAACUCAACAUUAUCCAGAAAAUAAAGCCCUUACUCCUCCUUUGCCUCCUUCUCUUCCUCAUCCUUCAGCAGUCAUGCCAAAGGACAUUAGCAAAGAAGAUGUCAUUGGUACAGUCACAGGGGCUCAUAGGGAGACUUUUAUGUAUAACCAGGUGCCUGUGGAAUUUCCAUCUGAAGCAGGUCGACAAAUGGACGAAAUACAUUCUAAUGUUACACGUCUUAACAGUGACCAAAUGAAAAAUGGGAUUAGUGCUGCUCACUGUCCUGUUAAUAAAAACAAAAUGUAUAUAAAUGAAGCAGACAAUGACAAGAACUUCAUGCCCUAUCAACAUGGGCCUGUCAAUUGCUUUUUCAAUGGGCACAACAUUUCCAAUGGUUUGAGCCACAGGGUUUGCAGCAGUGAAAAAAUGCUUGACGUCUCCCAAGUCCAUAACGUAAAUGGUUACCCUUGCAACAGAGGAAGGAGGAUGCAUCUGGUGUGCCCCAUGAGCAUGACUCCAUUUAUGGACCCCAAUAAAUCAGGAACCCAGAUUUGGGAGGAAUUUUCCACGAGUUUCACUCCUGCUGUAAAAGAAGUGGUUGAGUUUGCAAAGGGAAUUCCAGGAUUUAAAGACCUUUCACAGCAUGACCAGGUCAACUUGCUGAAGGCUGGAACAUUUGAGGUACUGAUGGUACGAUUUGCAUCAUUGUUUGACGCAAAGGAGCGUACCGUCACCUUUCUUAGUGGGAAGAAGUACAGUGUUGAUGAGUUACGCUCAAUGGGAGCUGGGGAUCUCCUGAACUCUGUCUUUGAAUUUAGCGAGAAACUCAGUGCUCUGCAGCUUAGUGAGGAGGAGAUGAGUAUGUUCACAGCAGUUGUCCUGGUGUCUGCUGAUCGAUCUGGUAUUGAAAACGUUAAUUCUGUUGAAGCACUACAGGAAACUUUGAUCCGUGCACUAAGGACUUUAAUCAUGAGGAACCACCAUAAUGAAGCGUCUGUCUUUACCAAACUCCUCCUGAAGUUGCCUGAUCUGCGCUCUCUCAAUAACAUGCACUCGGAGGAACUUCUGGCCUUUAAAAUUCACCCGUAGGCCUCUUAAUAAUUGUUUAAUCAUCUUGCAUAAGUUAUGUGAUAGAACAUUGUUAGAUUUAGGCUGGAAACUGGCACCCGCUCAGCUGUCAUAUACUUUUAGAAUACUGAGCUUGUGUAACAGGUGUCUACAACUGUUGUGGCAAUGCCAGCAAAAGAUGUUUUCCCGCACUGACUGCAUUCAUUUAGGGUUGCCCAAGUGGCAAAAUGCCAUUCGAUGUGGGCCCACCAUCUUCCUUUUGAAUUUUAUAGGAUCAUAACAUCCCACAGGUCCCAAGAAAAUAUUUUCACACCACUGAAGAACCGGGCAAGUGAUUUUUAUAGGAACUUUAUGAUGUGAAAAAUGGUAAUGGAACGAAGGUAUGAAUUUGUUCUUGCAUCAAAAAUAAACAAGCCGUCAGCAGAAGCUGAAUACGAUGUACUGUACUACAGGGUUUUUAUAAAAACUCUUUCAAUCUUCUAUUAGACCUCUUAGAGUAAUAUAAUAUAUAGUUGUGUUGUGAAGCUCGAUCAUAUUUCUGAAUGCUUUAGCAGAUUAUAAUCAGAUGUGCCUCUACUGAAUCUGUAUAUUCUUCUGCUGCAGAUACCUGGCACCCGUGAGUAAUUCUUUUUCGAAAUUUAUCUAUGUACGUAGAAUUAUAAAUAUAUCGUCUUUUACCAACAUGUCCUGAAAUUGUAAAUAUACAUAGUGUUACAGAUAAAUAUAUAUAUUGGCCUCCUCACUCUAUUUUAACCUGUGAGGGAAGUUGCCACAAAUAGCUUGGAGAAAUCUAAGGUUUAUAAAGUGUACAAAAUAUCCAGAUCUGUUGACACAAUUACUAACUUUAUUUUUUUAAAUGUUAAAAACUGUUCAUGCUGCAGCAUUUAAUUACAGUGAAGUCUCCAAAUACCACUGGGAAGUGUGAGGCGCCUGUAGAGAUAAAAUAGCGACAACUGAGAGGAUCGCAGCAAUAAUGAUCCCAGGCAGAUACUCAGAUCCUUCAUUGUACUGUUUGCACAGCUACAUCCAUGGCUUUUUUGUUUCUAUUGGAAUAUUCUGCAAAAGGUCAACAAUUCCUGAAACGGAGGUUGCAAUCGAACUAUUAGGAUUCUUGUUUUCUGUCCUAUGAUGAGGAGUAGAGAGAAAAUGAGCAGAUCCUUUAUGAUAAACACUCUUCAGUAUUCUUUUAUGUCUUUGUUUUCAUGCCUAUAGGCUUACUUUGUGAGAAUUUCGGUGUUUUAAUGUUGUCUUAUAGCGCACAAACACACAAUACACAAUUCCACUGUCUGUGAAAAAGAAGAAUAUUCUGUACUAUACAUGGGAAAUUGAAUGGGUAAUCUCCCUUUUGGGGCAUUAAAGCAGAUCCAUUGCUGUUAUAUUUCAAUCUGCUGAGCUGUAGCAAAUGUUUAAUAGACCUGUUUGUAGAAUAGUCUUCAUUAUUUUUUUUUAUAUUGAAACAUUUAUUUUUGCGUUCCUCAGCCUAUCUUAAUUUUCCCAGCUGCACCCAAACACUCAAUGCUGUGAGUCAGAUUUCACAUGCUCCAAUUGGUUAAUUCUGGAUAUAGGCAGCAAUAUGCAAUGCACCGCUGACACACAGCAUGGUUGACUGAUCUGCAGGAGGAAAAAUUGUUUGGUUAAGGAAGCAUACUAAUUAACCAUUUAUAUAAGAAUCCAAGGGAAAAAAAAAUAACUAUAAAGCAAACGCUAAGUUUGGCUGCAUGUUUACCUCUAUGACCCUUCCCAUUUAAAGUCUUUGUUGGAAUUUCGCUUGCAGGCUAUGGGCACUUCUUUAUUUAAUUCUGAAUGAAGCUUACUCCUGCAUGUUUCUUUUUUGUAAAGUAGGAAUAUUUUGGAGGGUUUUGUGCAACUUAACCCUAUUGCAAAUUAUCUUGAUUAAUCUAAAUAACGUCCAUAGAAUUAACUUUAAAAACAGAAAUGAGCUCUGUACUACUCAGCCAUGUAAGCAGUUUGGGCUGGGAAGGUUGGAGGACAGCGUUUUAAAGGGGAAGUAAAGUUUUUAAAAAAUGUAUUUAUAGUUGCUCUCUUCUGAACCCUUUUACAAUAAUUAUCAUCUUUAGUUUUCAUGAUAUUAAAACUAAUGUUAAUCCUGCUUUUUUUUUAAUUUGCCUUUAGGCAGUUGUGGCACUUUUAUUUCUGUGAUUAUUGUAAUAUAUAUUAGCACAUCCAUACUGCUUUGAUGUUGACUCUUAAGUAUUCAAUUAUUGUGAUAAUCACAAUUUUCACUUCCAAUUAACUUUUGUUUAUUUUUGUGUAAUUAGUUCUCAUGUCACUGUAUUUUAGAUGAGAUUUCUAUGGCUUCAUAAAUAAACCUUCAGUUAACACACAUCAUUCACUCAAAUUCAUACAGGAAGUAUUUUGAAUAAUAUAGUUAACAUUUCUGUUAACAGUUCUUCAAAAUUCCCAUUUUUAUUUAAAAUUCUGUGAUUUUCAAGUAAACCGAACAGGGAACCUUAAGAAAUUCUGCAGUCAGUUCAAACCAGACACGAAUGCCUUGUGGAAAUUGAGGAAUUAUUCUAUGCUAGGAUAUCAAGGCUAUUCUAUUAUUAUACAUUAGUGUUCUUUGCUCUAAAUGUGUCUCUUUGCAUUUGGCUUUUCUCAACAUGACCCUCUAGUCAAGUGACUGGAGCAAAAUUUGACUUUAUUUCCUAUGCACUGCUAGUGAUGCUAUUGCAACUUGUUAGUGAUGUUUAUAGGUUAGUUUUAUGUAUUAAAUAACAAAAUUCCAUUAAAUCUGUCUAGAAAGGACACCAAUUGAAAUGGACUUGGAGAUUCUCAUCCAUCCAGGUCAUGAUGUACAGUAUCUAGUCACAUUCAGCUGAGGAAGCUGCUCAGAGAGAAACAUUUUCAAGAAAAUGCAGAAGGUCCAGUUGGUUUAGACUUAACUCUACUAGAAAUGCAAUUAAAAUGGAGCUGAAUGUGAUUUAUUCCUAGACUUUUCUGCAGAUUGAUCCAAGAAUCGGAUCUCUGUUAGUGGAGAUUUUUUUACUCCAGGAAACCUAAGGGUUUAGUAGAUCCAGGCCUUCUCUGAAACCUACUUGUCCAUUUGAGGCUGACACGUCUGCAUUGCUUAAGAUUCUUCUGCCAGAGCACACAUACAAACACAAGUCCUAAGAUUGUUCAGGUGUAAUUGUUUGUUAGUCUUGUGUCGGAAAUUUUUGUGAUCUUAUCUUGUACCAUGUUUUUCUGACGUUUUGUGUUUCCGUGUGCAUACUGUUCUAAGUGUCACAUACCUGAUAUUACUGAGAGUGGUGCUAAAAUAUUGACUAUCAUGUCUCUUGAGAAGCUGGUUGAGUGAUGAGCUUCACCGAGAGUUGAAUAAAAGCUCUCGCAUUUCACAUGGAGUGUUCUCAGACUCUAUUCAAGAGACUCCUUAGAAGAAGAUUUGAGUUGUAGGGUUGUACCAGUUUUUGCUGUUGCCACUCAGAACUUCCGAUCGCAUACAGCACUGCGCGUUUCAUACUUGUGUCUCUCUUACCACUGGCCCUUGUAACUGUAUAUAGUUGAUAUUUACUGCACAAUUGUGCAUGUGUUGUAAUGUUUGUGUUGUACCUAUUAAAGUUAUAUGUGUUAACAAUCUUAAGGGCUCCAGAUAUUAUACCAAAAUGUUUUUUAAAAUGUAAAAAAGCAUUAGAAGCAUUAGAAAUGCAUUUCACUGGAGUUUAGAGCUUUUCACCUUUAAAUGUUAUAUUUUUGUGACAAUUUUUGUAUUAUUACAUCUGGUAAGAUUCAUCCUACUGAUAGCUGAAAGCAAAAUGUGACUCUGUUUGAAUGUAUCAGCCUAUCAGUGCAAAGUACUGUAUCUGUCAGUUAGUUGUAGCUGGUGAUAUGAUUGUUCUUGGCUUAUUAUGUACAAAAAGUCUUAAUAUCAUUGGUCUGUUGGUUGGCUCUAGUGAUUUUAGAACAUUUAAAGCUUAAUUUAAGAAAGCGCAAGUCUUCAGGUACUAAAAACCCACAAGAGUUCUUCUCUUGUGUGUUUUUUUGAGAGAGUCCCUCCCCCUCAAACCUAAAAACCUGCUGAACUUUUUAUUUUUUUGGUGGAGAAAAAAAACCUGCUCAGCAGGAAUCCAAGGUUUAGGAUGUUGCAUGUUUUUAGUAGCUGAAUGCUGGGGUUUUCUUAAAGAAACAGUAGCACCAAGAAAUGUAAGUGUCCUAAAGUAAUGAAAAUAUAAUGUACUGUUGUGCUGCACUGGUAAAACUGACAUGUUUGCUUCAGAAACACAACUAAAAUGUAUAUCAUUAAGCAGCUAUGUAGCUGUGGGGGCAGCCAUUCCAAGCUGAAAUAGGAAAAAAGGCACAGGAUACACAGCAGAUAACAGAUAAGCUCUGUAGUAUACAAUGGGAUUCUUCAUAAAUUAUCUGUUAUCUAUUUGUCUUGUGCUUGAAUAGCUGUCCCCAUGGCUACACUGCAGCUUCUUUAAAUAAAAUAUAAUUGUUUUUCUGAAGCAAACACACCAGUUUUGCCAGUGCAGGUCAACAGUACAUUAUAUUGUCUUUCCUUUAAAACCCUUUAACUUUUUGGUGUUACUGCUCCUUUAAAUCGCUCCUUUAAAUCACUCCCCCAACCCCUCUCGACUCUCCUUCGGCCCAUCUGUAAUUUCAGUUAGGGCUAUUUGUGUUCCAGACACCGUGGUUCUUUAAGACCACUAGCGAUGUGCAUGUCAACAAAAGUUCAUCCUGCACCCGACCCUAACCUGGCUCUUCAGCACCCGACCCUAACCCAGUGCACUUCCCUAUUUAUAGACCCGUGCCAUGCGCCUUCCAUGACAUGAGAGUGGGUCUUUAAAAAGGGAAGUGACCUGGUUACGGUCAGGUGCGGGUGCUGAAGAGCCGGGUUAGCCCACACAUGACUAUGGCCCACCAUCCUACAGAUAAGCAUUGCUUACUGGUACAUGAUUAGCCAGAACUACAGAAGGGCAUUAGUGACCAGUCAAAUGAUAUGUUGAUUAAUAGCAAAAUAUGGGCAUUAACUUGUUAUUUAGCUCAAAAAUUCAAGACUUUUUCAUGUGCUAUUGCAUAUAUGAUAUCUAAUAACUGAUAGGAUGUGAUAAUGAAAUUAAUGUUUUGUUUUCACAUUAUUAUCACGUGAAUUCAACGAGUGAAAAUGUCCAACCAUUGCACUGCCAGAGAAAUAAAAACAGUGAGAAGCAAUUUACUGUUGGUUCCCACUAAGGGUUCAACUACAUGGGCAAUUUCCCUGCGAUUGUGCCGGAUCUGAUGCUCUGCGGCAAAACGCAGGCGUCACAUCGGAUGCGACUGAAAACAAGGUAGGAAAUACACAUGUCAGAUGGUGUCACAGAGUUCAUCCCACGUACCACGGACUGUCAGAUGCAGACGCAGAAUCUGCAUCCGACAGUCAUGUCGCAUCAGACGAACUCUGCGACACCAUCCGACAUUCCUGUUGGUUACCUUGUUUUCCGUCGCUUCCGAUUUGACACCUGCGUUUUGGCGCAGAAAGUCGGAUCCGGCACAAUCGCAGGGAAAUCACCCAUGUAGUUGUACCCUAAAGAGCUGAGACCAAUCCAUGCAGUAUUUCAUGUGCUUUCUUGUGUCAAUUGUAGAAAUAUCAAUUUCCAAGCUGUAUUUCCAGAAAUUGAAUGAUGUACUGUAACGUAGUUAUAUGAACACUUUUGCCUGCAAAACAAAAUCCUAAAAAAAUAGCAUAGAUUUUAUUCAAUAUAAACUUAUUUUAGGCUGUAUAAAGCCCAGCUGCUGAGAGGAGUGCAAUGUUCUGCAGAGCCCCCAGUAACUGAGGGAAUAAAUAUGUCUGAAUGUAUGUGUCUAUGAUUUCAGUAGUAUGGGUACUUUUGUUAAGAUAUGGUGAAAGGAUUUGUUAUAAUUCUCUCAUGUAGUUUCAAGUGUAUGGUGUUAAAUAAUAAUAAUAAUAUGCAUCUAAUCAGUAAGUGGUAAGUGAAUGAGCCAGUACAAUAUACGGAAAUCUAUUGAUACAGUUGGAAAGUAUGGCUAUGUUUGUAAGUGUAACACACUGUUAUCUACACAAUGACAAAAAGAACACAACAUAUUUCAAUGUUAUGUGUUACUACCUUGUAAAUAAACAGCGUUACACAA